AUGGCGUCCCCGGCCAGGCUGCGGCUGGCCCUGCUGGCCCUGCUGGCCUUGCUGGCGGUGGCGACGGUGGCGGAGGCAGUGGUGGCAGCAGCCCCACAGCAUCCCAGGCUGCUGAGUCUGCUGGCCUCGGGCCGGGGCACUCUGGACCACGAGGUGCUGAGCAGCUUGUUAAAUACGCUGGCGGCCCGUGUGCACUGCACUGGCGGGCCGUGUGGAAAGUGCCUAACCGUGGAGCAUGCCCUGGCCCUGGGCAAGCCGGAGGCCCUGGGGCCGGGCCUGGAGUCCACACACAUCGCCCGCCUCAGUGCAGCAGCCGUCCUCUACCUCGGGGACCCGGAAGGCACCUGUGAGGACAUCCAGGCUGGCCGCUGGGCCUCCCGUGCCGACAGCAUCCUGGCCCAGCUGCAGGACCCCCAGGCCCUGACCCUGGAGCUGAGCCGGCUGCUGCGAAGGAUUGGGGACCCUGUUGGCCGCCAGGCCAUGGAGAAGGAGGACUGCACCAGUGUCCGUCAACUGCUGGAUGAGGCUGGAGGUGCGGGGGUCCCUGGAAACCCUGGCGGGGCCCUGGCUGCCCUGCUGGACCACGUCAGGAGCGGCUCCUGCUUUCGCACCCUGCCGAGCCCCCAGUACUUUGUCGACUUCGUGUUCCGGCAGCAUACCACUGAGGCCCCCAACAUCACGCUGACCGAGCUGGACGCUUUGAUGCAGCAGCUGGGGAUCGGUGCAACGGCCCACGACGACCAUGAGGACCACAGGAGUCUGGGCAGGGUGGCCGGCCGGCAGGACCCCACGGCUGUCAACGACAGUUCCUCUGAGUGGGACACGGUCUGCCUGAGCCCCCGCGAGGUGAUGGCGGCGCAUGGCCUGUCGGAACAGGAAGGUGUGAGCCCGGAGGCCUGGGCCCUGCUCAGUCCUGCCCUGCUACAGCAGCAGCUGAGCGGAGCCUGCAGCCCCCAGGCCGAAGCCCCCACACAGGAGCAGCUCAGCCAGGCUGAGAAGUACCUCUACGGCUCCCUGGCCACGCUGCUCAUCUGCCUGUGCGCCGUCUUCGGCCUGCUGCUGCUGACCUGCGCACGCUGCAGUGCGGUCACCCACUACGUACUGCAAGCCUUCCUGGGCCUGGCCGUGGGCGCUCUCACAGGCGACGCGUUCCUGCAUCUGACGCCCAAGGUGCUGGGCCUGCACAGCCACGGGGACCAGGACCACUCGCACAGCCACGCACAGGCCGCAGACCUCCAGCACACCUGGCGCCUCCUAGUGGUGCUCGGCGGCUUUUACGCCUUCUUCCUGUUUGAGAACCUCUUCAACCUCCUGCUGCCCAAGGACCCCGAGGACGCAGGGAAGGAUGGGGCCUGCGGCCACAGCCACGGAGGCCACAGCCACGGCAUGUCCCUGCAGCUGGCCCCCAGCGAGCGCAGGCAGCCCAAACAGCCACACGAGGGCUCCCGCGCUGACCUGGUGCUAGAGGAGGGCCCUGAGCUGCUGAGCCUGGAGCCACGGAGGUCAAGCCCAGAACUGAGACUGCUGCCUUACCUGAUCACGCUGGGCGAUGCUGUACACAACUUCGCCGAUGGGCUGGCCGUGGGCGCCGCCUUCGCAUCCUCCUGGAAGACUGGACUGGCCACCUCGCUGGCCGUGUUCUGCCACGAGCUGCCCCACGAGCUGGGGGACUUUGCGGCCUUGCUACACGCGGGGCUGACCGUGCGGCGUGCAUUGCUGCUAAACCUGGCCUCGGCAGUCACGGCCUUCGUGGGACUGUACGUGGCGCUCGCGGUCGGAGUGGGCGAGGAGGGCGAGAUCUGGAUCCUGGCAGUAGCCAUGGGCCUGUUCCUCUACGUGGCGCUCUGUGACAUGCUCCCAGCCAUGCUGAACGUUAAGGACCAAAGGCCCUGGCUUGUUUUCCUGCUGCACAACGUGGGCCUGCUGGGCGGCUGGACCGUCCUGUUGCUGCUGUCUCUCUAUGAGGAAGACAUAGCCUUGUGA